AUCGAAGAAAAAAAAACAGAUUCGGUGUUUUAUUUCCGGUGUCUAUUCAAAAGUAAACAAAAACAAUGCGCAUGAAAUUUGUAACAUAGCAACCGAAUGGAAUUCAGGUGAAAUGUUGUUUAUUCAAUACGGUUGAAUGUUGAGUGAGCUCGAUUAGUAGUGUUUCUGUAUAGAAAAAUUCUCUUUGGACAAUGGUCGAUCCCGAAUUUGCCGAUAAAAUUGAAGAACUUGAACACAUAGCUAUAUUUGGAUUUGAUGGUACUAAACCAAGUGGAUUGAAAUUGCAUCAAAAUCACUUAGUUUUUCCGCUUGGCAGCAAAAUCUCCAUUCUAAAUGUUGUAAACAAUAAGCAAGAAUUUCUGUGCGGUCACACAAACACGGUAUCAACCAUAGCUGUCUCAAAAUGCGGAAGAUACGUUGGGUCUGGGCAGAUAAGUCAGAGCGGAAGCCGUGCGUAUGUAAUUCUAUGGGAUUGGGCGAGUCGGAAAGAGAUCAACCGAUAUCAAUUACACAAGGAUGAAGUACGUGCAUUGUGUUUUUCAUCGGAUGGCGAGCAUUUGAUAAGCUUGGGUGGUCUUGAUGACGGUCGAUUAGUUGUCUGGAAUAUAGCAAAAAGAACGGCCAUAUGCGGUGCGUCAGCCAAAAAUGAAGUCACUGGUGCAGCGUUUGCAUUGUGCGCUUUGCACAAACUCGGCAACAUCUUUUUAACAUGUGGCGAACAACAUCUUCGAAUCUGGCACAUUGAUACGACAAGCAACAAACUCAAUGUGCUCAAUGCAAGUCUUGGGAAAAUUCGCCGAAACUUCACGUCGAUGAUAGUUAGCGCUGACGAUUCAACAAUAUAUGCGGGCACAAUGACCGGUGAUAUUGUGAAGUUGAGACUGAAUUGUCGCCAAAAUGAGUUCAAUAAACCGACACUCAUCGGUGCUUAUGGACGCCAUAAUCCCAGAAAACCUCUAGGCAAAGACUGCGAGAAAUAUAUGAACGGCGUCCGUGACUUGAUCUACUUGAACAAUGAACGACAACUGUUGAUUGGUGCUGGCGAUGGAACCAUUGAGUUGGUCGAAGAACGCAAUAUUUUUAUCAAAGACUAUCCACUACCAACGUGGCCUAUGUUAAAGGCACUGAAACGGAAGAAAGUGAACGGAUGCGUGACAUCUCUUCAGCUGCACAGCAAUCAAACCGUUUAUAUUGGAACGGAUUCAUGCGAAAUUUACACACUCGAAUAUCAAACAUUCACGUUAAAACUGCAAAUCACUUGCAACAGCUGCAUCGUUAAUGAUAUCGCAUUUCCGAAUAAUUUUUCAUCAGUUUUUGCAACGGCAAGCUAUGAAUCGGUACGAGUUUGGUCAUUGAUGAAAAAACAGGAACUUUUGCGCAUUGUGGUACUAAACUUUUCGGCUGCGGCCGUUGUUUUCUCUUUUGAUGGACAAAGCAUCAUAACUGCCUGGAAUGAUGGUGUCAUCAGAGCAUUUACACCUCUGACUGGCAAACUGAUUUAUGCUAUAUCGAAUGCACACAACAAAGGUUGCUCAGCAUUGACGAUAUCAAGCUGUGACAAUUUACUUGUGUCUGGCGGAAAUGAAGGCCAGAUUCGAAUUUGGAGAAUCGACACUACGCAACAAAAUCUCAUAACCGUUUUAAAAGAGCAUACCGCACCAAUUGCAUCUUUGCAAUUCAACUGUUUCGACCGUGAAAUUGUGUCAUCCUCCAGCGAUGGGACGUGCAUCAUUUGGGACAUAACGCGUAUGAUUCGUAAGCACGUUCUCUCGGCAAACACUCAAUUUACCUGCGUUCAAUUCUUCCCGACUGGAGUUCAAGUCUUGGCCACUGGAACUGAUCGAAAAAUUAGCUACUGGGAAGUGUUUGAUGGCAGCUUAGUGCGACACAUCGAAGGAAGUUCAAAAGGAUGCAUAAACUGGCUUUCGAUCAAUUCAUCGGGUGAAAUGUUCGUGAGUGGCGGUGUCGAUCAAAUUGUCAAGUUAUGGGACUAUCAAACGGCAUUACAAGUCGCAGCUGGCGUGGCUCAUGCUGCAAGUAUUGUAUCUUGCCGAUUCAGCCCAUGCGGGAAAUUUAUUGUAACUGGCAGUACAGAUGGUGCAGUUAUUAUUUGGAAAGUUCCACAGAAAUAUUGGCCAAAACCAAAUGCCGAUCCAUUGAAUGUGUCAUCGAUUGAAAGUGUGAAGAAGAAAUUCUCGAAAUACGAAAAGCGGCCCGAAGAUAUCAAACAUGUCGAAUCAAAUCGAUCGAAAAAGGAUUUGCAAAUUUUUGAAUGUCCACCAAUGAAAGCUGACACACAUACACCGAAAAGUCACAAAUCCACCAGAUCUUCGAAAACAAACAACAGCCGGAAAAAUUGAUUUCUAAUAAAACAUUUUAUUCGUAACUUAAAAAAAGGCAUAGAUGAGUCUUUUCGUUUCGAUUUCUGAAUAAAGAGACAUUAUUUGGCAUCACAAGGAUUUCGGUAUGGUUUUUUUUACAGAGAGACUCGAUGAUAUGGUAAAUUUUCACUUUCCACGGCUGUGGCAUGUGAUUAAAUGUCAUUGGCGCUAUCAUCGCUGAUCAAAACGCGUAGGAAUUCGCGAAUCUUCUCGCGAGUUUGCUUGAG